AGCCCAGUCUUGUCCGGCAUGAGUCCCGAGGGUGGUCAGCAGCAACAGCAACCACAACGACCUCGGGCUCGAGGCGACAGGCGGCCAAAACGCAGAACAAGACGCAAGGAAACGUACUCGGUGUACAUCUACAAGGUGCUGAAACAGGUGCACCCCGACACUGGCAUCUCCUCCAAAGCCAUGAGCAUCAUGAACUCGUUCGUCAACGACGUGUUCGAGCAGCUGGCUGGGGAAGCAGCCCGGUUGGCCCAGUACCUGGGCCGCUCCACGCUGACCUCCCGCGAGGUCCAGACGGCCGUGCGCCUGCUGCUGCCCGGGGAGCUGGCCAAGCAUGCCGUGUCUGAGGGCACCAAGGCCGUCACCAAAUACACCAGCUCCAAGUGACCCGCCGGCUGACCCUCAAGGGCUGGGGAGAGACAGCUGGGUUGAGGGGGAAGGCAGAACUACAAUAAAGAAUCAAAUGAC